ACUUCACUGUACAUGCAGAAAAAAAUGUUGGACUGAGUCAUUUUGGAGGAAGAAACUGACUGUUUUUCUUUUUUUUUGGUAGUGUUUUUGCAAUAAUCAUUAAAGCAAGGCACAGGCAUUAAAUCUAAAGCAAAAACAGAGCUACAGUGGAAACUACUUAGAACCACAGAACUUCAUUCCAGCAUUUGGAGAGCAGGGGUGCAAGACCGAGCUUGAGAAGGCACAAACAUAUGGAGGUACGCCGAGCCUGGGAACCUGCAGAUGUGGUGGAGCUUGUUAAAAGAGUGAAACAGUUUGGAAACCCUUACAUAUUGAUGCGUGCCUCUAAUCUGCCUUUGCAAGAGAUGUGGACUGAUGUGUCUAACUCUUUAGUUGAGGCUAAAGUACAUAGAGUCCCAGAAUCGUGUAAACGAAAGUGGAAAUUGAUUCGCCAGUUGUUUUUCAAGCUCCUCCUCUCUACUGUGCCUGUUCCACUAAGGUACCAGGACUGGUUUGGCAUGGUAAUGGACAUGUGGUUGGCAGCAGGAAAGCCAAAAUUUGGAGAACGAACCUAUUUCAAACGAGCUGUAAUAAAACAAUCGGAUCUUGCUCAUAUUAAGAAUGGCCCUGAUGUGUUCACUGAUGCAGCAAACCAUAACUUCAAAUCAAGUUCUGGUGAAGAAGCAUCUGAAAAUGAAGAGUCCAGUGAAGAGUCCUUUGGUGGGGAAAAAGAUCCUGGAGCUGCUCUAGAAGCUGAUUUGAACCACAGCGCUACAGUUCAUCAUUGGAAAGUGAAGGAAGCAAUACCUACAGCCACAAUGCACAAACAUAUGGAGGUACGGAGAGCAUGGGAACCUGAAGAGGUGGUGGAACUUGUAAAAAGAGUGAAGCUGUUUGGAAACCCUUAUAUAUUGAUGCGUGCCUCCAACCUACCUUUGCAGGAAAUGUGGAUUGAUGUGUCUGAUUCAUUAGCCCAGGCUCGAAUACACAGAGUCCCAGAAUCCUGCAAAGGAAAGUGGAAAGUGACUCGCCAGUUGUUUUUCAAACUCCUACUCUCUACUGCUCCUGUUCCACCAAGGUACCAGGACUGGUUCGGCAUGGUAAUGGAGAUGUGGGAGGCAGCAGGAAGACCAAAGUUUGGGGAGCGGACAUAUUUUAAACAGUGGGAACAGGGGAGGGAAAUAGCUAUGAUAAACUAUCAAGAGGAAAACAUUUUUCUGAAAAAGGCUGCAAGUUUUCUGCAGAACAAACUUAUCAGAGCACCAAAGAUCGUUCAACCACCUGAUGGACAGAUGAAAAAGGAAAAGGCUGAUGACGCACUUCAUUUCACAGACAUGCCUCACGAUAGAGACCCAGGUUUGUUUUCAUCUCAUCCUAAAGCAAAGAACCAAGUAGGUGCUGUACAAACCACAUCUCAAGCAUUUAUUCAUUCUUCUCUGAACUCUGAAGGUUAA